UCUGAGCUAUAUAUCUCUUUCUUGCUCUGUAAUCUGACCCCGAAAUAGCAGCGAUUUCACCCUCUCACAGCCUCAUACACUGAAGUGGGACUUUACAAUAGAGAAAUCCCAGGAGUUACCUCUCAAGGAUUCCCUAGAAAUCCGGCACCGGCAUGGCGUCGUCGAAGUUGGUCACGACGAAUCCGGAUCUGCCACGCCAGUCUUCUUUAUAUUCCCUUUCUUCUAUUCUCGCUGAUCUCCAGAACAACACCCACAACACCAACAACACCACCAAUAAUACUAACAACCACAACGAUUCCAACGCCGGCGCCGACGACCCUUCCAAGGCUUUGGGUUCUUUGAGCAUGGAUGAUCUCCUCAAGUCCUAUUACUCUUCUUCAUCCGAUCCCAAUAAUAACCCCAACCCGGCGCACCUCCCGUCGGACCCCAAUUUCCCCGCGGCUGCUGCUGCUGCUGCGGCUGCGGCGGAAUUGGGCACCAAGACGGCCGAGGAGGUGUGGCAGCAGAUGGUGGAGGGUGGUGAUCAGAGGCGGAUGGGUGCAGGGGAGGGUUUGGAGGCCAUGACUUUGGAGGAUUUUUUGGCCAAGGCUGGAGCUGUAAGAGAGGAGGAUGUCAGAGGGGUUCCUACCGUAGUACCUGGCCAUGCGAGUUUCCGCGUGGAUGCUGCGGCGACGGCCGCCGCCAUCAACGGUGGCGCUCAGUUCCCGAUGCCAACGCCGGUGCAGGUUAAGGAAGGGUCGUCCAUAGAGGUUUUUGGAAAUGGGAUUGACGGGACAGUAGUUGGAGUUGCAGCAUCAGCGGGAAGAGGGAAGCGAAGGAUUGUGGAGGAACCCGUUGAUAGGGCCACGCUUCAGAAGCAGAGAAGGAUGAUAAAAAACAGAGAGUCUGCAGCCAGGUCUAGAGAACGCAAGCAGGCUUACACUGUUGAGCUAGAGACUAUGGUGACACAGCUCGAGGCAGAGAAUGCACAACUAUCGAGUGAAAUGGCCGAAAAGGAGAAGCAGAGGUUCAAACAGCUCAUGGAAAACCUUAUUCCAGUGGUGGAGAAGCAUAGACCACAACGAAAGAUUCGGAGAGUGAAUUCAGCCCACUGGUGAUCUGAUCAGCAAUUUUCGUCUGACGGAUUGGUUUCUUUGGCCUUGUGAGAGUGAACUUGGUCCAUUGGUGAUUUCAAUAUGUAAUUUUUGACCUGAUGGAUCGACCUAAUGGCCUGUAGAUAGUAAUCAAAUGGAGCAAGAUGAUUUUAGGGAAAAGGGGAAACAGUUUCAGGGUUAUUCCAUAGCUGGUUAUCUUUCAGAGGCACUUGGAGCUUACCUUGUAUAGAGAAAGUAGCUGGCAAGUCAAAUAAUGCAAGUAAAAGUGAUAGAGGUUAAGGUCAUUGAUUUGUUGCUUGUGGAAGAUCCAUGGUGAUGAUGGAUUCUGAGCAGAUAGGUCCUGUUGCUAAAAAGUUGAAAUAAGUGAGGUUAUUGUAUUAUGCUGAUGGUCCAGCAAGGCUUCCCUUGCUUGUUGAUAUUGAGUGAAAGGAGAAGGGGAGGCUGAUUGAUCUGGAGUAGCCCUUUCUUUGUUCUUUUUCGCUUUUUGAGAUUUUUUACUAGUAUUGCAGGAGUUUAUAGAAUCUUUACCCUAGAGAGCGCUGACAGUACAUUAUUUGUAACAAGACUGAUCUUGAAUGAUAUUGCUGCUCAUUUUGAUUUCAAGAUUCUACUUGUAAUUCAUUACUAAUAAUCACAUUCUUUUGCAAUUUUCUCAGUUUUUA